UGUCUUGUAGCCCAUAGGGUGGUCCUGAGUGGUGCGAUAGACAGUACACAUACAUAAACCUCAUUACUAUCAACCGCUGGGGUGCACCCACCCAUGUCAAGCUGAGAAGGAUAGGCAACAUCUAUGGCUUCAGACCCUGUCAUUGCUCCAGACACAUUUUCGCCUUACUUUUCGGGUAUAUUUUAUCAUGCCAUUCGAAGCAGCAAUAAUACAUAUUUGUGACAAGGGCGCUGGCACAUUUGUUUUAUUUUUCUACAUUUUCUCAAGCGCUAUUGAGCAGAUCUAUGGUCUUUGUGUUUAUUGAGAAGAACAAUAGCUAUGAAAUUUCCACUGGAAAACCCUAGAAAACAAGUCAAUUUGGACCCGGAACAACAAGUGGCAGUCCAAACCAACUUGGUCCCUCCCAAGAAGGUCCAGUCAGGGAUGGUCCAAUCCAGCCCUGUCCAGGCCAGUGUGGCAGCCAUGCAGAACCCGAUGGGCUGUGAUCCCAAGGGGGCCAACGGCCACUGCCCCUUACCCCGGCUCUCCGUCUCCUCCCGUUCCGCCAGCGUGGUGGCCAGCAUGGACACCACCGGUGACCUCUUGGCCCUCCACUCUGUGAUGAAGUGGAAGACAGUGGUGGCGGUGUUUGUGGUGGUGGUGGCCUACUUGGUGGGUGGCGGCUUGGCCUUCCGGGCCCUGGAGCAGCCUUUCGAGAGCAACCAGAAGGACAGCAUCACCCUGGAGAAAGCUUUGUUCCUGCAGAGGCACCGCUGUGUAAUGCCUGCUGAACUGGAGGCACUCAUCAAGCAUUCCAUCGACGCUGUCAGUGCAGGAGUCAGUCCGAUCGGAGACACGUCUUACAACUCCAGUCACUGGGAUCUGGGCAGUGCUUUCUUCUUUGCUGGAACCGUGAUCACAACGAUAGGUUACGGGAACAUAGCACCCAGCACGGAGGGAGGGAAGAUCUUCUGCAUCCUGUACGCCAUAUUUGGCAUCCCGCUGUUUGGGUUCCUCCUGGCUGGCAUCGGAGACCAGCUAGGAACCAUAUUUGUCAAGAGCGUCUUGAGGGUGGAGAAGAUAUACAGGCAAAAACACAAACAGAUCAGCCAGACCAAAAUCAGAGUCACCUCCACCAUACUCUUCAUCAUAGCUGGGUGCAUAGUCUUCGUUGGCAUCCCGGCAGUCAUUUUCAAACACAUCGAGGGAUGGACGACUCUGGAUGCCAUCUACUUUGUCAUCAUCACGCUAUCAACGAUUGGCAUAGGGGACUAUGUGGCAGGUGGGGAUCGGAAGAUUGAGUACAUGAAGUGGUACAAGCCUCUGGUCUGGUUCUGGAUCCUGGUGGGCCUGGCCUACUUCGCUGCUGUCCUGAGCAUGAUUGGAGACUGGCUCAGAGUGCUGUCCAAAAAGACCAAAGAGGAGGUGGGGGAGUUCAAGGUCCAUGCGGCGGAGUGGAAGGCCAACGUGCGGGCCGAGUUCCGAGAGACGCGGAGGCGGCUGAGUGUGGAGAUCCACGACAAGUUGCAGCGGGCCGCCACCAUCCGCAGCAUGGAGCGCAGGCAGCUGGGCCUGGAGCAGAGGGCCCACUCCCUGGACAUGCUCUCCCUAGAGAGGAGGGCUGUGUUUGCCAGCCUGGACCAGGGCCGCUUCAAAACCUCCUCCCAGGAGAGCAUCGACACCAAGCUGAAUAACUUGAGGUCGAAAGGGGCAGGGGAUCUUUGUUAUGACCAGCGGAGAGGCAGCGAGCAGACACAGCAGGCCUCGUCAGAGGAUAAUCUCUUCAACCUCCGCUUCCGCUCCCUCACCAAGCUGGCCAAGAGACACAAGAACCGCGACCUGAAGAGGAACAUUCCUGAGGACGUGCGGAGGGCCUGUGAGGCGAUGGAGAGGAGGAAGGAGGAGGAGGGAGUGGAGAAGGAGGAAGAGGUGGAGGAGAUGGAAGUGGAGGAGGAAGGGGGAGAGAGGAAAGAGGGCAAUACCAGCUCAACAAAUUUAGAGUAUGCAGACGAAUGCUGAGGCCAAAGAAAGAGAGAACGAUAGAAUGUUGAAAGAAAGAGAGCUUGAGCCCCAGAAAAGUCCCUAUUUUGAUGUCUCAAAUUGUGCCUGGUUGUUUUUUCUUUUCAGAGCACCCUACUUCCUAUCCAACCUCACCCCACCCCCAACCGACAAAAAAGCAGACGCAAUGUGGGAUAGCUUCUCUUUUUUACCCAAGGCUUAUGUGAGCAAGUAACCCAGUGAACUAGUGCAGAGCUUCCUAAACCCGGUCCUGGACCGAAUCUACUUUUACUGAUGAGGUUUUGAUGGCCAUUGGACCCAGUUCAUUCUGCACAUCAUAGGAACGAUUUAUUAGUGUGACAUUUUGUUACUUUAUUGUGUCAUUUUCGAUUGAUUAUGAAUUUCAUGUAUUUUAUUAAUUGUAUUUUACACAGCAUGUCUGUGUACAGUAUCUAUGUAAUAUCAAUUUCUGCAAUUCAUUUUUUUUCACAGUAAAAGAGAAUACAAUUAUAUUUGUCCACCAUACGCUACAUGUAUGUGUUAGUGUUUUUCCCUCACACAAUCCGAUCAAGUAUUGCAUUUACCUAUACUGAGGCAGGAACUUUACCAUAUGGGUUGUAGCCACUUUACAGUUGACUAAUGUUUUUGGUCCUUUGCUAUGUUUUUGUCAUUGAUGUCCUUCCUAAAGCUUUACCUACUGGGCAAAAAUGAGUUGAAUUAAUGAUGUUUCCAUGUCAUUUCAACCCAAGAAAAUCUACGCGAUGUCAUUGAAUGAAUGAGAAAAACUUGUUGGAUUUGCAAAAGUCAUCAACGAAAGGGAAUUACAUAUUUUUCCACUCAACUUUGAACCUAAAUCCAAUGAAAUGGUGACACUUGUUGUUGAUUUCGAAACUAAACGCUGAACUGACGUCUGUGCCCAGUGGGUACUCAGUAAUCAAAAACACUAAUUAUGUGAAUGGUGGUAACAAACUUUACUCUAUCAAAUACAAUUACAUGAUGGUUUUUGGUGUGAAUGAGCUAGCCUCUCCAUUAUUUAAUAAGGGAACACAUGAUUAUUGUAUUUUUGGUAGUCUAGUUAUGUUCCUCUACGGUGGAACAUUGAAUUCUGUCUUUGGUCCCUCUGGUCUUCUGCAUAGUCAAAGAAGGAACAGAUGCUGUCGGGACUUAGGCUCACUCAUCAUAUCAACAAGAACAAUACAUAUUAGAUAGACUGAAAAGCUUGUAGUCCUGAUAAUGAAUAAUGUAAGUACUGGUUGUAACCUCUAUUUCUUGAAUUCUAUCAUAAAAAUGGCUUACCAUGAUAAUGACCUUUCUAAGAACCAGAAUGGAUUUUCCUUGCUCAGUCUUUUUUGUGCAAACAUUAUAUCAAAUGAAGUGAGUGGCUUUCUGGGAAUAAAUAUCACUAAGGAAAAUUAA